GGAAUUGGGGCAAAUUUCAAAAUUGAAAUGGGAAAUGACAUUGCUGUCGAAGGUGAAGGUACAAACAAUUGCCCAUGAUUAUACAAAAAAUUACUGUCACUGCCACUGAGUCUAUACCGCCCGCACAUGAUUUCUCGGCAGAAAUUGUAUGCAGAAGACAGCAUUGCUCUUCCAUCCUACUGAGUAGAAUAGCAAACCCAAAUCCUCCAUUGAAGACGCCAAAAAUGUUUGUCUGAUUUGUGACUUCCAUUCCGUUCUGACAUUCGACAUUCAAUGUUGUUCCAGCGCAGGAACCGUGGUGGUUUCAGGUUUCGUUGAGGUAUAGAAAGUGGAGCUUCUUGCUGCCCUUUAGGAGGGAGGAAGAGCAAGACAGGAUUAGAAACUUGCCGGAGCACGUUAUUGACCAAAUCCUUUCACAUUUGCCGAUGGAAGAGGCCGUCAGGACCAGCAUCUUAUCGAACAAGUGGAGAUACAAGUGGCUGGGCUACGGUUCCGGUGCUUUCAUUCCAUAAUUUCCUCCAACAGAGCAUUUGGUAUACGAUCUUUCAAAUCAUCGAUCAUGUUUUACUUUCUCAUGCUGGCCCGGUACGCAAGUUCGAGAUUUGUCAUCAGUUCAUAAAGGGUGAGGAUGAGGGUGGUGAUGUUGACCGCCGGAUUCUCCAUCUUUUGAGGAGGUCCGUGGAAGAGCUCAUGCUGUCUUUCCCCGGUUCUCGACCCUACAAGAUCCUUCUUGUUUCUUUGGUAUGCAAGAUUUGGUUCAAAUGCACUUGAUGGAUUGUUCCAUGAACCUCCCCCUGACAUUUCAAGGAUUCAAGAAGCUGAAAACGAUGUCUUUGAUCUCUGUUACUAUGGCUCGAGAAGCGCUUGAAUAUCUGAUUUCGAGUAGCCCUCAGCUGUCAAAAUUGAUUUUUGAUGGUGGAGGAGGAUAUCAAGCAUCUCAACAUCAACAAUCCAAGUCUCCAGCACGUCCAUAUUUCAAUCCCUUUAGGAGCAAUCAAUUUUCAAAGUCCCGACUCGUUGAUGUCAGUUGCAGUUUAUUUUGAGGAUAAUAUUACAGAUAGGAAUUCUGGCGGCAAUGUCAGCUCCAGCAGCUUGAACAGAUUCCUUCUUGAUCUGCCCCACGUUCAGAGUCUAAAGCUUGGAAGUCUUUUGCUCAAGACUCUCGCGAGCCGCUCUCCGGUUGACGAUGUGCUGAAGAAGGUCAAUGCACUGAAACCAAAACUUGGAGUUCCACUAGCUCAGGUUGCAAUUGCAUUAGAAUGUCACCGGUGUGACAAAGGAGUCCCAGAGCCAGGAGAACACAAAGGCGGUUGAUGUUAUCCCCUUGCUGAGGCCGGCGGUGAUGUAGAAGAUUGAGGCCUCGGUCCAGAAUAAGCCGAAGGGGCCCUAUUCAUUUAGAUGAACAUCAGAUGUUGAUGCUGAGCAUUGGACUGUUUUGUCAUUAGUUUGCUCGGACUUGAAUGAAUGUGCUACCUUAUUUAGACCCCUAUGAGCCGCGAAUUGUAAGGCACUGCAAUUUUCAUGUUAGCUGGGAAAUAUCAGCUCAAAUUAGGUUAGUCUAUGAUAAGAUGAACCGUCAAAUCAAUAAGAAAUAUCUGAGCAAAUAUGGUAUCGUUUAUAAUAAGAAUGUCGGGGCUAAUCCG